AUGGAUUCGCGUCUGGGUCUGCUCAUAGCCCUGCUGCUGGCGGCCUUCCAGGCCUGGGCCUUAGAGGCACCAACAAAUCUCAAUCCGAAUUCCACGGAGAGCGGCUUGCUACGGACAGUGCGACAUGUUUAUGGGCAGUGUGCGGAUAGCGAGGAUAUAUUUUGGUGCUGCAAGAUCCAGGGAGUACGCCUCCUGGGCCGCGCUCUCAAGGUCCAACAGCUGGGGAUCGUGGAUGGCGUGAGCUUGGUGAGACGGGAGUCGGUCAGCCAGGAUACGCGCAGUGGCCGCUCCAGCCUGGUCGAGAGCCAGCUUAGCAAUCGUGAUCUGGAGCACAUGUCCGGGAAGAGUCUGGAUGCCCUUCUGCUAGAGCGUUUUCUGAACUUUGUCCACAGCCACCAGCUGCAGGUUAACCUUCCCCGCUUGCUGCGAUUUGGCGAACGGAAUGGCCAAGAUUGGCUGCAGCAUCUGAUGGGAUAUUUUCUUCCAUCCAGCGAAAGUGAGGGUCGCAAGAAGAAGGAUGACAAGAAGUAUCUGGGACCCUUCAUCGCCGCAGUUCUGCUGAAGACAGCUAUCCUGAAGAUGGCGUACCACUCGAUCGCCAUUGUGGCGGGAAAGGCGCUGAUCGUGGGCAAGAUUGCACUUAUAAUCAGCGCUAUAAUUGGACUGAAAAAACUGGUGGGUCACGAUGGCGGUGAGAAGACCACCUACGAGAUCGUCAAGCAUCCGCAGGUCCAGCAGAGUCACACCUACUCGUCCAGCCACCAGGGCGAAUAUGAUACAGGUGGUCAUGAUAGCGGAUCCUACCAUCGCAGCAUCGACGACGAGAUGAUGAUGCAGGACAAGGCCUACCAGGCCUGGAUGCCCCAGGUGGGCGCAUCCUCCUCGCCCGCCGGCAAAGGGUCCCGAUAA